AUGGCUGCCUUAAAGUCUCUAGACCUUGACAGAAAACCUUUGGAUGUACUCACACUUCCCCCUGCAGCAGUCACUCCAUCCUCUGUGAGAUUUUCUGGCAGGCCGCAUCUUACAGUCAACGAAAGGCAGAACACAGAAGUUUCCAGUAUCACCUCCGACCGCUCCAGCGCUACAGAUCUCCAUACUCUCGCAGUCAAGUAUCUCUACAAGAGAUGCCUUCAGCAAAACUGGACGGAGCCGCCCGAAGACGACCACGGCAUCGUAGACGGCGACACCGACCACCUCGGCGUCAUGAUCAAGCGGCCCGACGGCGUCUACACCGCCGAGCCCAUGACGCUCAACAAGGGCGUCUACAAGGCCGUGGAGACGCUCGGCGCCACUGUCGCGUUCACAAUGUCCUCGCAGUUUGUCGGGCACGUGCUCUCGCAUACCUCGCCGCUGCAGACGGAGCUUCCCCUGGACCCCCACGGGGCCUUUGUGCUGCCCGUCGUCACCUCAGCAGCCGAUAUCGCGUCCGGGACAUCCUACAUCCGGAUAGACAUGUGCAUCUGCCUCUGCCGCGCGGAGCGGAUCGUCAUUAUCUGGGGCGACACGGUGGCGGGCAUCAUCGCGCACGCCGCCUACGUCGAGGCCAGGCUGUUCGCAAAGGUCUGGGGCUCUCCGGCGCCAGGUCCGACGUUGACGCCGUGUCGUGGCGCGCUGUUGUCGAGUAGCACUUCCCCUGAUCCCGAACAGGCCGCAAGUCGUGUUUCCCGGCUGUUGAGAAGGAGGAUUAGGGUGACAAGCUGUUCGAUCUGGAAAAAGAUGGC